AUGGCUGACUCUGCUGCAGGCAGUUUUCACUGUAAACCGGUUCCUUGGUUAAAAGAAUACUUAAAACAAAGGGGCAUUCAAAGCUCAGGAAAACGUAAGGUUGAACUGGUAGAACUUUGUGAGAAAAGUGAGGAGAUGAAAGUCCCAAAAAUUGCUGAAGAGGAAGCACCAGUCGAUCCAAGAGUUUCUAUGAAAGAGCAACUGAAAACCGAUGAGGGAGAUCUCGCAAAUCCGUUGGAUAACGAAAACCGUGUUUUUUCCCAAUGGACCAAAAACUUUACUGACGUACCGGACUUUAGAUUCCCCGAUCUUUUUAAUUACCUGGUGGGUAAAGAUCCCGUAUACAACAGCGAAAGCCUAAAAAGUUACAAAUCUUUAUUGGGGUACAAAUUAUUUUUUGAUGGACAUGUGGAAGAACUUUGGUAUCAUCCACCUCAACCCAAUAGUAAUUACAGUUAUUUUAAGUUUGCUGUAAAGCCAACUGAAAAAUCCAAGACUGAUGAUGGUUCAGCAACAUACAGAGGGUUUUUCAUUUUAAAGAAGGAUGGAAGUGUCAAUUCAGCCUACUGCUUAUGCAAAGGAGGGUAUGUAUUUUCUUCUUUUGAUUUCUGAAGCCUGUCUAUGUGCUUGAUAUUCCAUAAACAUACGUUUGAGAAUCAAAACGUUUGGUCUUUUCGGUUGUUUUUCUCUGUGACAGGUUUUGUUUUAUUCAGAUUCGAAGGUUUAUAUUUUCCUUGUAGCAGUUGUAACAUGAGUAAAAAGUAGAUGCCUCCUGAAUUGAAGAUCUAAAUCAAUGGAUGCAUUAUUUUAAGUCUCAAACCUUCUGGAUCACUUAUGACUUCAGCACUAAGUAUUAAAACAGUGGUUCAAAGUCAGAAUCUGUGAGCCUAGUAACUGAACUUAUUGGCUACUUUACAGUCUAUCAGUGUGAACAAUGUGAGAUACAUAUUUGUCAUAUUGGUCCUCCUUUAAACAGGGCAGAUGGAGGUUGCCGGCACAUAGCUGCAGCAUUGUUUGAUCUAGAAGCAAAUGUGAGAUUCAAUGAUCUCCAAUCAUGUACAUCAGGACAGUGCAUGUGGAAAAAGAGAGGAAAGAGAAAUGAGGGAAGUUUGCCCAUUCAGGACCUUCAAACGAGUGGUAGUUACGGUGUGACAUUGAAAGACCCAAUUCACCCAAGAGAUUUUAAUCCAAUUUGUAUUCCCUAUAAUGUGACUGAACUGGAACAAGAUUUUAAAGCUGGGUUGCUGGAAACAUGUCCUAGCUCUUCAGCUCUGCCUUUUUUAUCUUCAACUAAAGGACCCAGGCAUACAGAGGAAGAAGUCAGAGCUUUCAUCAGCAGUGAUGUUAAUGUCUGUAAAGAAGAAAGUGUUCAAAGUGUACAUGUAUAUUCAAUGAAUGAUUACGCCAAAGUGUUUGUUUCUGUUAAUACUGAGAAAGUGAUGCCUACAGUUUCUAAAGAACUUGCAGUUGAAUUCCUCGAGUCUAUUCCAUUUAAUGAAGAGCAAGCAGAAAUGAUCAACAAGAAAACUGUCUAUCAAUCCCAGUCUCAAUUUUGGUUUGAUCAAAGGGCAGGAAGAAUUACAGCUUCCUCAUUUUACACUGUGUGCCACCUUAGAGAGAGCACAGACAGAAGAAACACUAUUAAACAUCUCAUGAAUUACUGUCCAAUUGCUGAAGAUGCCAUGCCACGACAGUUGACAUGGGGGCAUGAAAAAGAAAAGCGAGCACUUAGUCUUUACAUAAAAAAACAGAACAAAAAUCAUGAAAAGUUGUCAAUAGAAAAAAGUGGACUCAUUGUAAACACAUUAUGGCCCUUCUUAGGAGCCAGUCCUGAUGGUAUAAGGAUUUGUGCUUGCUGCCAAAAGAAGUUAAUUGAAGUUAAAAGCAUGUAUGCAAAAAGAAAUCUCCCUCCACAUGUUGCAGCUGAGGAGAACCUCAUGCUUGUGGAUGGCAAGUAUGAAAUUAAAAAAGAAACCAAAUGGAACUACCAAAUCCAGGGACUGAUGGGGAUAACAGGGAUUCAUCGCUGUGAUCUAGUUAUAUAUACCCUCAAAGGAAUAUUGAUUGUAAACGUUAAGUUUGAUAGUGAUUUGUGGAAUGAAAUGCUCCAAAAGCUGAGAAACUUCUUCGUGGAGUAUAUAGUUCAGGAACUAUUCCACCAUGACAUACUUAAGUCAUUAUAG